AAGUAGGGUGGGGUUAGUUAUUUGUCACACGUACUAUUCCCAGUUUCCCACGAACAUCAUCAUCAUCAUACAUACAUAAAACUCCUUAAACCGCUCCCGCCGUCAAUUCGUAAAACCCUCAAUGUCGACGGAAACUGUAAACCCUAAAUUCAACGGCAACGAUUCACCGGAGAAGCUCAGUUCUGAAUUCAACGGCAAGGAUUCAUCGGAGAAGCUCAAUGAUGAAUUCAACGGCAAUGAUUCAUCGGAAUCUCCGAAACCUCAAUUGAACGUCCAGGAUUCAUCGGAGCAGCUCAAUGCUAAAUUGAACAGCGAGGAUAUAUCGGAGAAGCUCAAUGCUGAAUCGAACGAGCAGGAUUCAUCGGAGAAGAAGGUGAAUUUACCGGAAAAGCGAAAGAGAGAAGAGACAGAGACACAUACAAACCCAUUAUGGAAGACGGCGCUUUGUUCAUACUUCAGAAGAAAUGAAGGUUCAUGUAGCCACGGUGAAUCCUGUCGUUACGCACACGGUGAAUCGGAGCUUAGAAUCCGACCCGAUAAUACAUGGGACCCGACUUCUCAACGGGCGAAGAAGAUAGCUAGAAUUGAAUUUGAGGAGGAGGAGGAUGAAGAACAAGUGAAGUGUAAUGACGUCAUGAUGCCUGAUGCAUUGGAUGAUGAUGAUGGCCAGCGUUCGUCGAGCUCCGGGUUGUCUAAGUGCCUUGUGAAUCUUCCCAUGAAGUGGAAUUCAGAUAAUUUAAGGUGUUUCCUUAAAGAACAUGGUGUUACUUAUAAAUCAGCAAAAAAGAAGAAAGGCAUGUCGGUAGGAUUUGUUACUCUUGAAAAUGCUGAACAAGUGGAGACUGCUGUGAAGGAGUUGGAUGGACUGCCUUUUCGCAACAAGAUUUUAAAGGUUGGAGAUGUUGUUCCACGGGCAUUUGAGAGAAAAGGUAAUUCAGCAAUGUCCUCAUUUCCGACCAAUCAACAUGGUGAAAAGCAAACCCAAGCUGGAGAUGGUUUGGAUUUGACUAAAAUAUUAGAUGAAACUGAGGCUGAGGAUCAAACGGCCAAUGAUUCAGUUCUGAUGGGUAGGUGUGUUCGGGAUGUGGUGACUCCUCUUGCUAAAAUGCCAUAUGCUGAUCAACUGGAGCAGAAGAAGAGCUCUUUGACACGAACUCUCAAAACACUUACUCGAAAUGCACGUAAAGCUUGCCCGGAUGGUGUUCCACUUCCAGAAUGGAUUCUCAAAGCUAGGGACAUAGGUGGUCUUCCAUGCAACCUAGAGGGCAUAACUGAAUCACCACUUGUCAAUGGAUAUCGAAACAAGUGUGAGUUUUCUGUGGGAUACUCUGUACUAGGAAAGCCAACUGUUGGAUUUCUGCCUGGAAAUUUCAGGGAGGGGGUGACAGCUGUUGAGGAACCUGUGGACUGCCCAAAUGUUUCUGAAAUUGCCUGUAAAUAUGCUGCUGUCUUUCAAGAAUUUUUACAACAGUCAACCCUACCUAUUUGGAACAGAUUGAAUAAUACUGGAUUCUGGCGUCAACUAACUGUUCGAGAAGGUCGCAUGCCUGGUGAAAAUGUAGAGGUUGAAAAUCCCAGCGCAAAUAUUUCGGAGGUUAUGCUCAUUGUUCAGGUUUCCACUCUGGAUUUUGACGAUUCAUUAGUUAAUGAUGAACUACAAGGUUUGGCCAAAGCGUUUGCUGUGGGAGCUUCUAGUGCAUCACCAACAUUACCUCUUACUGCCCUGGUAGUUCAGGAUCACACUGGUAUAUCAAAUGUAGCACCGGCAGAUGCUCCGCUGCGCUGGCUUCCAUUUCCCGGAGGGGAAGAUAGUGCAGUUGCUGAAGCAAAAAUUCACGAUUUUGUAAAUGGACUUAAGUUUUGUAUUUCACCCACGGCCUUCUUUCAGGUGAACACCCUUGCUGCAGAGAAAUUGUACUCCCUUGCAGGGGACUGGGCCAGCUUGGGUCCUGAUACCUUGCUUUUUGACAUUUGCUGUGGAACUGGAACAAUUGGUCUUACUCUGGCAAACCGGGUUGGUAUGGUUGUUGGCAUUGAAAUGAAUGCUUCUGCUGUUUCUGAUGCUCAAAGAAAUGCUGAAAUCAAUGGGAUAAAGAACUGUAGAUUUAUUUGUGGAAAGGCAGAGGAUGUCAUAGGAUCUGUACUGAAAGAGUAUCUUGUUUCACCUCCGAAAGUAGAUGGACUUCGGGAUAUUAAAGAAAAGAAUAACCAAGAAAAUACUAUUUCCACAGGGAAGACUGAUUGUAUAGUUAAUGCAUCGGAAGCAGAUGAGGAAUCAGGUAUUGGGUCUGAAAAUGGUAAAGGCAUGUGCAUUGAUCCAGAUUCUGCACCUAUUGUGAAUAUGGAUUCUACGGAUAACACUCUGGAACCUGAGGGGAAAGCAGGCAACAGAAAAAGCUUGUCAGAAUCUUCAUCAGAUGGCAUUAUAGAAUCAGAAACCCAACUUAAGAAUUGUUCAUCAGAGAAUUUGACCACUCCAGUGCAACAUUUCAAGAAUGUUGUUGCAAUUGUAGAUCCUCCACGUGCUGGACUUCAUCCCACUGUUAUCAAACUCUUAAGGACUAAUUCACGUCUAAGGAGGCUUGUUUACAUUUCCUGUAAUCCUGAAACUUUGGUUGCAAAUGCUAUUGAGCUCUGCACACCUUCUCCAGAUGAAACUGCGAAGGGGAAUAAUAGAAACAACAGGUUAUGGAAGAGGAUGAGCAGCGCUACUCUCGCACGACAUAGGACCAAAUCUAUGCCCAAUUCAGAGCCUUUUCAACCUGUCAAAGCCAUGGCUGUUGAUCUUUUCCCCCAUACUCCUCACUGUGAACUGGUGAUGCUUCUGGAGAGGUAAAUUUAUCUAUUUCCGUUGAGAACAAUCUUGAGUAGCCAUGUUCAUGAAAUGAAACAAAAACGCCCUUUUAGAUUUGUUACGAGCCUUCAACAAGCAAUUAUUAGAUAUCUGUUAUCUAUGUUGCUGCUAGCAGUUUUGAGGAAAUUUUCUAUUCUUGAGAGAUUUCCAUAGUAUUGCUUUGUAAUUGGCCCAUCGUUACUACUGACUUACAAUUUUACCUGAUUUCCUAUUCGAAAAGAACACCUCAAAUGUAAUGACACAUUAUGUUUAUGACCUCUCAUAUAAUUCCAGAUGCUUUAACAGUUUCAAGUGAUAA